AUGGAGUCAGGUGGCGGCAUGUGGUGCAGGCCUAAAGUGCUCACAUCCUUGAUUACAACUGAAUGCUUAAUUUGUAAGGCCGGAAAUGAAGACUUAUACCAUAUGUUUGUGGAUUGUCCUAUGAAGCGAUCUUUUUGGAUUGAUGCUUUGGCGCAUUUCCAUUACCCAUCCAAAAAUCCAUAUGGCAAGCCCUUAUCUCUCUCAAGUCCCUCGAUAAUCGACCAUUAUCCGGAUCAGUUUUAUGCCGUCUCGGUGCUAUUCUGGCAGUCCUACGGCGCUGUCACUGGCGAUGUGUUAAGCUACGCAGAUGAUCUCGAGGUGUUUUUGACAUCACCCAAUGAAUGGCCGCUGCUUAUGGAUCUUCUGCGACUCUAUCAUCAAGCUUCUAAUGCCAAAGUCAAUUUGACAAAGACGGUGGUCAUGCCUCUAUCUGGUGAGCCACAGCAAGACUGGAUCACAUUAGCGGAAGGGGGGCUCUUUCGCGUUUAUUUACGUUACACAAGAGCAAAACAUUGA